CCAACUGCUCCGCGUGCUCCCAAGGUGACAAUAUGGAGACUCCUUCUGCGUUCCGGCUGGUGGCGGCGAGCAAGUCAUGCCUUGCGGGGUUAAACUCGCUCUUGGUAUCGCUGGAAGCUGCAGGAACCGAGCGCACGUCGCUCGUGCCCCCGCAGACACUGCGAAACAAUCGAGACCGGUUCAAAAUAUGGGCGAGCAACCUUGGCGCACUCCAGGAAGGGCGUGCCUCGUUAGACUUUCGACUCCGGGAAUCGCACCUUAUGCAGUCGGCUGUUCACAAGCUUCUCGCGCAGUUGGAGGACGUCGUCAAGAGAAGCAUCGAAGUAGUCCGCGGCGUCAGAAAGCCAUUUGAAGAGACGCUGAUAUCUGCCGACGAAGACCCAUGGGGAGAUUCCAGUGACGACAGCAGCUCGGACGAGAAUCAUUACAUCAACACGCGAACAGAGCUGGGACAGAAUACCUUGGCGAUCAUUCAGAUUCUGUCAGAUCUCUUCAAACUGUCUUUCAAGAUUCGGAAUCCUGCAACUCGCUCCAGCGGACAAUCGGUUCUCAAGCCGCUUCUCUUUAAGAAGCUGGUCAGGGUUGACGACACUACGACUGUGGAUCUUCUGGCUUGCUUUGCAGAAUUUGACCACCACCACAUCGAAGAGGCGUUCCGAGAGCUGCGACGCUUUGUCCACGGGAGGCCGAGACUAGAAGAUGUCUAUCCUGCGCUUGAUUCCCCCACCGACAGCGAGACUAAAGAAAUAUCCUCUCCGCCACCUGCGCCUGUCGACAGUCAGGGAAUUGAGUCUGAUGAAUAUCUGCCAGAUUACUUGACAGAGCGCUGGAGCAAAUCUCUGACGAAUCGCCGCCGAUAUUUCGCAUAUUGGCGAAACCAUGCACAGAAGCUCGCGAAGGAGGAGGAGGAGGAGGCAGACUCGGUGGAGGCACAACCUCCGCCCAUGCCAAUGCCAGCUACUAUCGCCGAGGUCGAACCCAUUGCUCCAGCAGUGGUGGCAGCCACUCUGGCCGAAACUACUAUCCUGUCUGGGACUGAGGGAUCGACAUAUGACCGUAAGCUAGACGACGGAAUCGACACUAUCUCAGUGGUGUCGUACACAUCGACAGCAUUCAACAUUGACGGCACAGUCGCAGACCUGCCCCGACCCCCUUCAAUCCAGGCGGGUCAGAGCGAGUUUCGGUGUCCAUAUUGUUGGGUUGUCUGCCCAGAGCGUCACGAUAUAGGCAAGCCCUGGCGGGAACACAUCCUUUGCGAUCCCCAGCCCUACAUGUGCACAUACGAGGACUGCCCCGAUGCCGAUGCACUGUAUGCGAGCCGGUCAGCCUGGCUGGCCCAUGAGGCCAACGUCCACCGCCGCGUGUGGCGCUGUUUCGCUCACCCGGAGCCACUCUUCACGUCACAGGACUCACUAGAGCGUCACCUUGAAUCAGAGCACGGCGCGGUGUUAGCCCAGUCCCAGAUACGCGAAAUCACCAAGCUAAGCCACACAAACACGGUCGACCAGCGGAGCAUGUGCCCCUUUUGCCAGACCCGCGGGCCGUUCGAGAGGGGCCUCUCAAAUCACAUGGCCUUCCAUAUGGAGCAGCUCGCUUGCUUCGCGGUGCCGCGGAGCUCCAGUGCCGAUGAGGAUGUGUCGUCGUGCGGGAACAAUACGAACUCGGCGCAGGGCGGGCGGUCUGUCUGCUCGUUGGCAUCGGUUUCCCUAAACUUCUCAGACGCUGGGUUCGACACCUCGGAAGAGGAAGGGGAGUUGGAAGAACUGCUGAUAUCGGCAGCUAGGUUUGGGGACGAGGCUGAGGUUGCACGGCUUCUCAGUAUGGGUGCCAAUAUCGAUGAGAAGCACCCUCUUUCCGGCCAGACGCCUCUUAGCUUUGCCGCUCGAUACGGGAACGAGGCUGUGGCCAAGCUACUAUUAGAAACAGGGAAGGUCGACGUUGAUGCAGAGGAUAGAGAACGCCAGACGCCGCUUGGCCUAGCCGCUGGGAAUGGGCAUGAGGCUGUGGUUCGGCUGCUACUGUCAACAGGAAAGGUUGACGUUGUUGCGAAGGACGACAUUGACCGGACGCCGCUUAGCCUAGCCGCUGAGUACGGGAACGAGGCUGUGGUCAAGCUACUAUUAGAAACAGGGAAGGUUGACGUUAAUGCAGAUGAUAUAGAACGCCAGACGCCGCUUAGCCUAGCCGCUGGGAAUGGGCAUGAGCUGUAG